CUUUAGACAAAACAGUGAACUUGGAAACCCAAUUCUCAACCUCCACAACAGCAAAAUGAUCCGCAGCUCCUCCAAGGAUCGAUUGCAGGAUAAAACCCACGUUGGCCUCAGACAAUAUUCAAACGUGACCGGGGGAAGAAGCCAAAAGCCAAAAGCUACGGGGUGUGGCUGCUUGUAGGCACAGAGCCAAGGAAUUAAGGAAGAGGGUUGGGAGAGCUGCUUAUCUGCAGGAGGUUCCUGGCAAGCUUAUCUGCAUCCGAGUUCUAUCAGCUUCUUUUGAAAACAGAAUAUCAGAUAUCAAACUCAAGACGAGAAUCUACGUUCAAUGGCUGGUUUCCGUGCCUGUAUUAUUAUCUAGUGUUUUCCUGUUAGGUUAAGGUAAAUCAGCUCCAAGCAAUCUCGAGGAUCGAGAGGCUCUACUUGGCUUGAAAUCCUAUAUCACCAAAGAUCCUUCAGGAGCGCUAUCGUCGUGGGGAAUGGCUCCUCGGCGUGUACAUGGACAGGAAUCCAGUGUAAUCACGCAGGCAGGGUCUUGGAGCUGGAUAUCCGAGGUCUCAACUUCUCUGGAAGGAUUAGCCCUCAUAUUGGCAAUCUCUCAGCUCUUAUUUCCUUGAAGCUACAGAAUAACCACUUGGAGGGGAACAUUCCUAACCAAAUUGGUAAACUUGAUCGGCUCCAAACGCUAGAUCUUAGCACUAACCUUCUCUCAGGAAUUGUUCCCCUGCCACUUUACAACCUCUCUGCACUUCUUUACCUGGCAUUUCCACAUAAUGAUCUUUACGGUGAGAUUCCGAAUGAUAUUGGUUAUCGGCUCCCAAACCUCCGGACGCUCAACAUUUGCUUCAACAAGUUCCAUGGUUCGAUCCCAUCAUCUCUCCACAAUCUGACAAAGAUCGAGAUCAUACGGAUGUCCUACAAACAACCUACUUAGUGGCUCAGUGCCACCAGGUCUUAGUGGACUUGAUAACACCGUCACGUACAACAUUAGGCAUAAUCAAAUUUCUGGCACAACAAAAAUCAUUUCUGACCUCAGAAACGGCACCAAGCUGCAGUACCUUGCACUUGCUGAGAAUCUCAUCGAGGGCUCGCUUCCCGAUUCAGUUGGCAACCUGUCGAGCUCUCUUUCAAUGCUAUAUCUUGGUUCCAACAGGAUAACUGGUCCAAUACCACCGUCCAUUGGGCGUUUAACAUCCCUAACGUUACUCGACAUAAGUUACAAUCAGCUUUCUGGGAGUAUCCCACCAGAGAUAGGCCAUCUCAAGAAGCUAACAGUUCUUGAGCUUACAAGGAACAAGCUAUGUGGCCCCGUACCAAUGGAAAUUGGGCACCUUACUGCGCUGGGAACGCUGAGGAUCGGACAGAAUGAGUUGGUUGGUAGAGUUCCAGAAGAGCUGGGUCUCCUCCGACAUGUUGAUUUGCUAGAUAUAUCGAGCAAUAACCUUCACGGGGACAUCCCAGCGUCUCUCUUUGAACUCAGGAGCCUUAGUUCUAUUCUUAAUCUGUCACACAAUUCACUUACUGCUGCAUCAAUUGAGACCAUUGGUCAGCUACAGAACAUCAUCGCCAUUGACCUGUCAAACAAUUUACUCAACAGUAAUAUGUCAAUCGGGCAGUGCCAGAGGCUGCAAACAUUGUCUUUGAGUAAAAAUGCAAUGUCAGGAGUGAUCCCUGACAGUAUUGGGACACUUGGAGCUCUGCAAAGCCUAGACCUUUCAAGCAACAAGUUAACCGGUAGCAUACCUCCGAGCCUAUCCAAGCUGCACCUUCAACUAUUAAACCUCUCAUUCAAUGACCUUACUGGGUUGGUUCCAAGCACUGGAAACCACUCUCUUGUCUACCUUGAUGGAAACCAAAAACUGUGCUACCUUGAUGGUGAUAUGACUGCAAAAAAUGGUGAUUUUGGUUUAGCCGGUUGUUGGCUGCAGAGCUACCAGAACAACAAUCUAUUUCCAGUAUUCAUGGACUUACAGGCUCCAUUGGAUAUAUUCCACCAGAAUAUGGAUAUGGGAGUAAACCAUCAACAAGGGGUGACGUCUACAGCUAUGGCGUGAUGCUCCUCGAAAUGAUCACUGGGAAGAGUCCUCUCGAACAGAACUUUGGAGGGGACAUGAAUCUUGUAAAAUGGGUGCGAGAUAAUUAUUUCCCACGUCAAGCUCACCAUGUAAUUGACAAGCGACUCAUCAGCGCUACCACUGAUGCCAUCUGUGAAGGAGUGCACGAAAGUAAUACAGAGAAGCUACUACUGAACUGCCUGUUAAUUCCGAUGAUAGAAGUGGCCUUAUCCUGUGUUGCCCAAUCUCCAGAUGAACGAAGUAGCAUGCAUGAUUCAGUCCUAAGGUUGAAGCAAAUGAAGGAGACCUACUUGCGCAAUCGCAGUACCAUGUACAGAACCAGGAGAGGUUGAUACAUACUUAAUUUUUGCGAGGAAGAGGUUGAUACAUAGCUGCCAAUCUCUUGAUCAAUAAACCACAGCUUGAUUUUUCAGAUUUUUUGUAUCUGGUGUAACACCAAUGGUGAUCCCAAUUGUCUUGCUAAAAUAAUUGUCCUAAAUGUCAAAUCGGAGUGUUCAUGAACUUAAUUAGUCUAAUAAUGUUAAUUGGAAAAACUAAUGUUACCUUGUAAUAAUACAGCUCGGUCCAAACAGAAAUAAAUAAAUACA